GAAAGAACUUUGCAUCUGAUUGUCGGCUUCUUUGACAGGAAGCCUGGGAAGAAAGAAGCGCCGGCUGAGCAUCAUGGGGUUGCUGACUAUCCUAAAGAAAAUGAAGCAGAAGGAACGGGAGGUUCGGCUGCUCAUGCUAGGUUUAGAUAAUGCCGGUAAAACAACCAUACUGAAGAAGUUUAAUGGCGAGGAUAUCAACACCAUUUCACCAACGCUUGGAUUCAACAUCAAAACGCUGGAGCACAGAGGAUUUAAGCUGAACAUGUGGGAUGUGGGUGGUCAGAAGUCCUUGCGUUCAUACUGGAGAAAUUACUUUGAGAGCACCGAUGGUUUGAUCUGGGUGGUGGACAGCGCAGACCGUGCACGUUUGCAGGAUUGUGCUCAAGAACUAUCUGGGCUGCUACUGGAAGAGCGAUUGGCUGGGGCGACAUUACUUGUAUUCGCCAACAAACAAGAUUUGCCUGGAGCCUUAUCUAAAGAUGCUAUCAAAGAGGCGAUGGAGUUGGACAACAUAAAGACACAUCACUGGUGUAUCCAAGGCUGCAGUGCAGUGACUGGGGAAAAUCUCCUGACUGGUAUUGAUUGGUUGUUGGAUGAUAUUUCCAGCCGCAUCUUUACAGCUGAUUAAAGAAUUUCCGGGAAUGGGACGUAAAGAAAAGCAGGACAUUAAGGAGCUUCUUAUUUAUUUUACAAUGGCUUGACUAAUGAAGAGUCUUAACUGGCUAUGACUGAUGUAUGGUGUAAUAGAGAUUUGUAAGGCUACAGAAUUGAAAGGGGUUGAAGGAGUAACCAUGGGACAGUUCUGGUACAGACAAUGGCAGGAGAUGCUGUCCCAUCACCGAGACAAUAAAUUAUCACCAUUUAUUUAUGUAGCACCAACAAUUUGUUUCUUUUUUAAUUUUCUAGAAGGAACCUGCAUUAAACUCAGUUUGUCAAAUUUUUGUAGCAUAGAAACACUUUAAUCAUCUUAUAUGAGUUGUAUAUUGUGGGACAGCGAAGGCAAAAAUCAACCCUGGCUCUCUUAAUAUGCCUAAUACUUUUAUUCCUAUAAAGCCUUAUUUUGGGUGAGACUCCACUGCACUUCCUGGUUUGUAUGUUGGAUGUGUAAAUAACAAUAACAUAGGAUUUGAUUAUAUAACAUAGUACAUGGGGUGCCAGGUGUUCACCCGGUUUUGUUGUAGUACAGUAUAAAGCACUAACCAUGCAUUGCUCACAGCUAUGAUGUAUUAAAGAUGGGUAUCCUAAAGCCAAAAUGUUAUUUUAAAAAUAAAAAUUCUAUCAUUUAUUAA